ACUGGAACAAAAUGGCUUUGCAGAGUUCUUUGAAAAUCAGAACGGAAUUGUUGUGGCUUUGCAAAUCCCAGAUCCAGGGUACUUGUGAGAAACAUCAUUCCUGCUGCCACCUCUCCCCAUCGUGCAGUGGAGGCUUCUCUUGUCUCUGGCAAUGUAGGACUAGGAGGACUCUGCAGUGGGACAUUGGCUUUUGAAGUCUCUUGGGACUGUCAGGUCAAGCCAGCUGCUUCAGAUUUUAUAUGGAGAACCUCUGGCUUUAUGUACUUGUGGAAGAAAGCUAACCAACGGCUCAUUUAACAAGUGACCCACUGAAGUUUACUUUGGGUUCCACUUUCUGACCGAUUUCAGAUGUGCUGGGAGUUCUCCUGGCAGAGACAGAAUUCUGGGUUCUUUCCAGGACUGACCUUGUGGCUUCUACAAACUGAAGGAAUUGAAACCUCUGCCCUUCUUGGCAUGUGGAAGACAAAUUUGUAGGCUUUGAGAGCUUAGCAAGGAAACACCUACAAGACCCCGUUAGACACCUUGUCUGUCUUAGGGAUAUUGCUAAAAAUACAUUCUUGCUAUUAGUUUUGAUGAAGUAGGGUCACUUUUUGAGUGUGUGUGUGUGUGUGACAUGUUGGUCCGCUGGGGAAAAUCAGGUAAAAUUGUCAGAGAGGCAAAUAUCUGCAACGUUCCAGGGGCUGUACCUGGUUAGGAAAGGUGUUCAUUUGAAAAUGAUUUUAGAACCAGCAAACAUUAACAUCACAGAGUUGCUGUUGCUUCUUUGUCCUCCCCCACUUGGCCUCAUCCCUCCCCAGCCUUCUUCCUCAUUCGUCUCCUAGCAGCUAGCUUAGUCAAAUAAUCAACUGGGAGCUUCAAAGCCCCUUUUUUAGCAUCCUCUUUCAUAUUUCACAAAGAGGCACUGUUUGAAAUGCUAGGGGGAAGAGAUGGUAAUGUCUAUUGAUAUGGCAUGUAAUGUUAGAAAAUAUCUGCCACUUAGAAGCCUAAAAAUGAUAGGAAUCAGUUCCAAAUCUUUCCUGCUCCCUGCAGAGUGGACAGCAGUAGUAGAGAAGUGAGAUUUAUCCAAUAGACAAACACCACAGGCUAGGAGCUGUCUGAAAAAAACCAAUUUUUUUGGUACUGGUGCCCUGUAUAUUUUUGGGCUUUUCUCAUGGUUGUUCUGCAGCACUGAAACUUUCAAAGAAGCAGACUUGUGUUUCAUCCUGAAUAGGGCGAAGCAACAACAUUGUGUUCCUUUUCCCUCCCUCUUUUGAGAGAAUUAAACAAGAAGCAAUUAUGUGUCAAUUGCUUGCUGCUGAGCUGAUGUGUUUCUUCUUCGUUAGAUGUCUUGAUUAAUGGUUUGAUCUUGCAAUUAUUAUUCAUUAUGAAAUCUGUGGGAAUUCUGGGUGCAUCAUAAGUUCAGGGUCAAACCAUGUAGUUUUUCAGUACUUUAUCUGUAUAAUGCUCAGAAUUAGUGAUAAAACAUUGGAAAAUAUCCUUGAUUGAAGAAGAUGGUACAUAUUUGCCCAUGCCCAUCCUCUAUGGGAUUAUGAUGCUUGGUUCUAUACUUGUCUUGAACAAAAAAUAUUUCAAAUUUGUGUGCUUUGAAAUGAGCUUUUUUUUUUCUUCUCUACAGAUUGGAAAAUAAUUAGUACUUAGUUUUGUACUUAAAGUCAUAACAAUUUGUAAGCUGGCUGUUGUUCCCUUUCUAGACAGAGGGAACUACUUGCCCAACACAGUUUUAUUUUAUUUGGAAGACUUUUACAUAGCUCUAGACUAAGGGCACUAAUCCAUAACCGUAUUAAAAAAAACAGGGAAUAUGUUUUAAGCUAGAAUACAUUCCGUUCAGUGAAACUCCAUUAUCUGAUGUUUUUAUGAAAUAAGGAGUUAAAGAAGAGAAAAGUGAAGUUUGGCUUUUUGAAUCUUCCCUGGCUAUCCAGUAAAACACAGUUCAACCAAGUGAACUGAUGGUGGGUUGAAGGAACAGUACCCUCACUAGCUGUUGUAAAUCCUGUCUAUCUUACCUUAGGGUUUUACAGUCUGAAAUCCAAGUACCUGUAGAAGUUACUCAGCCUUUUGGUUUACCCAUGGAUUAGAGUUGAUUUUACUUGCUUUAUGAGAUUAUAGAUGUAUAGUGACAACUACUGCCCUCUCCUGCUCCCUGGGCACAGAGGGUUGUCCUGGUACUUCCCCAGGAGGGGAAGAUGAAGAGGAUUUUCUGAUUCUUUGUAUUUCCAUUUAGUCUAGAAGGUGUGGUGGACCAUUUCUGUUUAGACAUUUGCAUUCCACUUGGAUGAUAGAGGAGGCUGCACAAGUGUGAAAUGCUCUUAUUUGUGUGAAAGCAUUGGUUUUACUCUAAAGCACCUUAUUUUUCCCCAGUUCCUAGCCCCAGGCAGAGGUUCUGAAGUGAGUGGAUGGGCUGCCAGAGGCAUCCCUAUAUGUAAAUCAGAGUUAGAGUGCUGGAACUUACACAAAAUAAACUCAGCUUAUCUGGCUAGCUGAGUAUUUACUGAUGAAUUCUGUUUAUUGUAUUCUAUGGUUUAAAUAUUGCAGUAAAGUCAACCUAGAGGAAAAUAGCUUUUUUCCCAUAUUGUAUGGAUUAUGACAUCUCCGUAUUUCUCAGCCAGAGCACUUCAACUAAAGCAGUUAUGGAUACAGGCUGAAACCACAGUCUUGCUUCUGCUUAGCAGAAACUGAAUUUGACAAGCAGUGACCAGUAGUUGCUGUAUCUGUUUCUUGCUGUUAUCCUUAAGUGUUGGCAAAGGCAUAUGGGCACUGGAAAGAAUUCAGCUGAUUGAGCUGCCUAAGCAGUUUUGAGAAUUUACUUCCAUAAAUUUCAAUCUGUUCUGGCUCCUGGUUUUAUCUCCAUUAGAUAUAUUAUCAUGCUGUCAGCCUCUGGAUAGCACUGGAAUGCUGCUGCCCGAUUUAUUUAUUUUAUUUUAGAGCCAUAGUGAAGAAAUUGUACUUGGCUAUUUUCAAAGCUGUCUCUUAGAGUAAAAUCAAUUUCUCUUUUAAUAAAUGUGUAUUUUUCCCAUAUGUUGCUGGGAUUCCCAGUGGCAGAGCUGUUAGUCUUUGGUGACCUUUGAAUGUCUGAGGAGAGGUUCCCCAGUGCAGCACUGCCCUUUCCUACCUCUGCAGCCCCCAGAUCCUUUGGCUGCAGUGGAUUUAUCCCUCCGAAGUAGUGAGGAGUAGUAGUUAUGCUGUGUCAAUUAUGAAUGAGAUGUAAUGCUUUCUGAAUUCAUAAAUACCUACAAAUUAAUAUUUUGGCAGGUCUUCUGAAACCCUGCUUCCUAUGAGUCCCAAACCUGCACUCAGGGCGAUGGUGAAUUUACAGGGGUGUCCACAGUGGCUAAUGUAAACCUGGCACGUGAGUUCCCAAUACCCUUCCCUGGGGAAUUCAAGGUUACUAUUUGAAUUCAUUGGAGCAUUAGUCACGUAAAUUCCCCAACAGAUCUGGCUUCCUCAUUUUAAUUUUGGAAGCUGCUCUUUAUUUCCCCAAAUCGAUUUCUUGAUUCUCAAAGUGAUGUAAAUUCUGUCACUUGUAGUCAGUGGUGGGCAUCCAUUUUUUUUUUUUUCUGUGGCUGCUUUUCUUAUGAGAAGAGCAUUAUUUAAGGGAAAAGACACAAACCUGAAAGUAGAGUUGGAGGGAGCUUGAGUGUGGGCUUUAUGUGUGAAACGCAGAACCUCCCAGGGCAUCCAAGUUGUUGGUGUUUUGCAUGCAGGUCGCUAGUGCAGCUCGCCUGCAGGUAAGGGCAGCAGUUCCCCCCAGAGCAGUAAUUUGUAUUCGUGUGGCUCAAUUUCACACCUCAGAUGGGAAAUGAGAGGCAAAAGGAGCAGAAAAUAAACAUCGGUGUUAACAAAAGGAAAGCAGAGGUGAAAUGCUUGGUGAUUGCUGCCUUUUCAAGGGUUGUUAUGUAUUCAUGUUCAGACUGAUUUGCUCUGCAAGAGUAGACUCUUGGUUUCAAUCACCAUACAGUGACUCAAAGCUUUUCUAAUGAGAAUUGAAAUCAGAAAAUAGUUUUCUUCGUUUCAGUGUAAAACUUCACCUUUUUCUCUUUUCCCUGUUAAGCCUAAGAGUUUUACUUACUGGUGAAAACUGCAGCCUUGUGAAGCAAGUGCUGAUAAACUGCUUUUAAGUGGAGCCCUCUGGGUGAUGUUUGGAGCUUCCUAAGUUGACUCUUGCCGCACUCACAUCCUGCUCCCAGGCAGACAAAUGUGUGCUGCACUGCAGAGACUUGGAAAAGAUGAUGCACAGAGGGUGAGGAGCUAGGGGAGACUUAAGUGCAUCCUAGACAUUCCCUCUUCCAUAAAAUAAAACACACAACUCCAGACAUAGAAUUCUCCAUAUACAGAUCAUGUUGGAAAUCCAUUUAAAUUUAAGACACACACUCAUUAGUGCAGAAAACACUCUUACCAUGGGACUAGUUUCCAUAGGCAGGAUUUACUUUCCUGAGCACCCUUCCUGCGUGGGAAAGCUGGACUGUAUUUGUGACACGUUGCUUGCUUAUCUUGGCACAAAGCUAUUGUUCCUCAGCCUAUUGUUCCAACAUCAAAUCUUUGGAUAAUCAUGGCCUGGAUCCUCCUGGAAGACACGUUAAAACAUGCUGAGGACAGGGAAUUGUUUAGGCACAGCCAACAUGGCUACAUCUGAACUGGAAAGAUAUUGAUGUGAUGGAUGAACUGAUAGAUGGACUGUAAGAUGGCACAUUGAACUACAACCAUGGGCAAGUCCAACCCCUUCCCUCAACUAUGAGGCCUCAAGGUUCCUAAAAUACAUUAGCACUACUCAGAUUUCAUGUGAACACAUGAACCUGAACAGCUUGAAGGGGUACUCUGAAACCGCAAAAAAGCCUUGGUCAAUCUGUCUUGAUGAGAGGUUUAGCCUCAUCCAUCGAAUCAGAAACAAGCAGUGUCGUCUCUAUUCACUUGGGCUAGGCAAUGAUGACAACCAGUUUGAGCUCAGCAUGGCCAACAGUGGAUGUGAGGUGCAUCGCUUCGACCCCAGCAUCAAGUCAGCUCACAUUCAGGAGGGCCGGCACCUCUGGUACCAUCGCCUCUCCAUUGACUGGAGGGAUCCCAACCCAGCCAUUGCAGCACACAAACUUCACAGCAACACAAAGAAGCUGGGCACAGUGAUGAAUGAAUUUGGGCAUCAGAAGAUCGAUGUCCUCAAGGCAGACGUGGAGAGCGCCGAGUGGAAAAUUUUGGAAAACCUGAUCCUGGAAGAUGUUGUUGAGCAGAUUGGACAGCUGGUCUUUGAGGUGCACAUCCACUGGCCUGGGUUUGAGGUCAGUGGCAAUGACAGCACCGUGGUGCGGUACUGGUACAGUCUGCUCCGAGAACUGGAGCUGAAGGACUUCAAGCUUUUUCAUACCUACAAAGACUUAUCAAAACCACAGGUGUUUCUGAAAAAGGAAGCCUUCAACGCCAGUAGCUGUUACACACUGAGCUGGGUAAAUACAAGAUGGAAAUAGCAGAAAGGAAUUUAUGAUGUGUGAUUGCAAGCCAUCUGGCCCCGUAGCGUUAUUGAAGAGGAUUUUGGCGUCACUAGCUAAAGUUGCUAAAUAUGCACACAGUGACUGCUAACAAAAUGAGCUGGCUUUUAUAUUUAUAUGUUGUCAAAAGAGCUGGCACUAGGAGAAGAUACAUGGAGCAGUUUUGUAUAGCAAUAUAUUUGCCAGUGGGUACAUUGUCCCAGAGGACAGAGGUUUCCGUAAAGAUUUGUCUGGGGGAGCUAAGAGCAAGGCUUUUCCAGGCUGCCCUGUGCUUGAGCAUGCCAGCAAGGAGGGCAUCCCUCUGGGCUGCCCUGGGAAGCUGUGCUGGCUGAGCAGGGCCAGCCCCUGGGCAGGAGAGUGCUUGUGGUGAGGUGUCUUUUUAAGAAAAUGUCAAGUGUUACUUCUCUUUAAAGUGAUCAUCUUUGAUUUAUACCUAUUUUACUUUGGCCUUGUUUCCUAUGGAACAAAUUUUAGGCAAGAACAGUAUGUUCUUGAACCCACUGGCAAAUUUCAGCUUAAUUUGGCUGAGACAGAAAUCACCACCAAACUAAACUUCUAUUUCUUUGAGCAGCUUCUGAGUGCCCUGACUUAGGUUUUUUGAGCUAGUCUGGCUGCAGAAAGUGACUUCAACGCUACUGACACAGGAGACAGUGGGACAGAGACACUCAGCUGCUGGAUAAGCUGCUGCCAGAGCUCCCCUUCCUCACCCACAAGAGCCUUCAGCCACAGAAGACAGGGCUUCCCUAGUUCAUCUGCUCAAAGAACAGCUUGAUUGAAAUUACUCAUGCAAUGGCUGCAGCUAGUGGUUUUUGAUCUAGUGAGUUAUAGGUAAGAGAUGAAAAUGCAACCUGGUCUUUUUUGUUUGUUUUGGGGUUUAGUUGAACAUUUCCUGGGGCCUUUUCCAGUGCUGUGCCUCACCACCUCUCUCUGGCAUAAGAAGGCCAGACCCUGGAUCUGCACUGAUGCUGGCAGAGGUGGUGGCCCAAGCAGGUGCCCAGGAAUGCAGCUGUGCUGGGGCUCUGCAGGCUGGAAUGUGGAUUGUCUGCAGUGCCCAUGGGAGCCUUUGACAUUCUGCAAAGAGCUAAGGAAUUGGGGAGCUAAGAAUAUAUAUAUAGCAGGUUGGAUUUUUUCUUAUCUUUGGAUGAAUAUUGACAUUAAACUUUGCAUUAAAAUACAAGAUGUCACCA